AGCUACUACAAGCAUGUGGGACUUAGUUUUAAGACUACCAGCAAAAUCCUAGAUUGCUGUAGGACACGCAUUAUAGAUUCUGAAGCAAAGCAUUCAGAAGGUCUUGAAUCAGCCACCAAAUGGAAGGGAGUGGAGAGAAGCACCUUCAGGAACAAGAAACCCCAGGAUCUACAACUG